AUGGCUGAAGAAAAGGUCAACGUUUCCGUCGAAGCACUAGCCGGCGUGCGUCUUCCAGCGUUCUGGAAGCAGUCGCCUGAAUACUGGUUCACACACGCAGAGUCCGUCUUCGCGACCCAUCGCGUAAGCAAUCUCAACACGCGCGUGCAUUUUCUCGUAGGGGCUCUAGAUGAAGACGGCGUCCGGACCGUCGGCGAUCUCCUCGGCCCGAGCGCAUCGUACGAUUCAUUGCGCACCAGACUAAUCAGUGCGUACGGACAACCUAAGUCUGUUCGUUUUCGCGAGCUGGUCAGACACGGAGGCAUUGGAGAUCGUAGACCCUCGCAGCUAUUCCGCGAUUUGCGCAGUGUCAUGCCGGGCGGUUUCGAAGAGGACGUUUUAAAAGAAUUUUGGUUGCAAAAGCUCCCAUCCAAUGUCGUGGCCAUCGCUUCCGGUUUCGAAGGCUCUUUGGAUUCAAUCGCCGCCCUUGCAGACGGAGUGAUGGAAGCCGUCAACUCACAUAACGUCGACGCUGUGGCCAAAGACCCGAUAUCGGAGUUGACCAAUGUAGUUUCGUCGCUCGCGCAACAAGUGCAGGCGAUGGCUAAGGUCGUGUUCGGGCCAGGUCAGAAUAAUCGUCCAUCGACGCAAUGGUCCACUCAGCAAGCCACGGAGUUGUGUUAUUUCCACGAGCGAUUCGGCAACAACGCCCGCAAGAUCAUAAGACAUUAUAAAUGCUAA